AUGGGUCUCCAAGGCAACGCGCAGCCCGGUGCCCCUAAGGAAAGCCGAGGACCGCGUCGCCCCUCAGCAAGAGGCGGCGGCCGUCACCUGCCAAGCGAGGCCGUGCCGAGGGUCCCCAGGGUCCCGGCCUCGGAGAGGAGCGCGGCCCGCCGACCCCGCGGCCCGGACAGGAACCCGCAGCCCAGCCACCGCCGCCGCCGCCGCCGGGUCAGUCGUCAGGUCGGCAGCAGCGAACCUGUUGCGCAGCCUGUCACAGCCGCUGGGCUCCGCCGGCGCCGCCUCAGCCCCACAACAACAUGGCGGCCGCGGCCUCCGCAGGAAGCCGGGGGGCGGGGAGGCGAGCGACGGGCGGGCAGUGACGGUCCGCCCGCUUGCUUGCCCGGCCGGCCGCGGGGCACCGACUCCCCACCGCGGGGGAGCGCGACACUGCGUGACGUGCCUGCUCACCCCGGGGACCGUGGAGCCCUGGACCGCGAGGGCGUGGGCCGAAGCGCUUCGCUUCCCGCGACCUCCGAAGCCUCCGAGCUGACAGCCCUUCCAGGAGCUGCCACGACCCACCUGGCUCCUCCUCUACGAGGACACUCAAUGUUUACCAAGAAUGCCAACGCCUGAAGAAGUCAGUCCUCCAGGUCCACCCAGAAUUCUCAGCAUCCUUCGUCCUUAGGUAUUCAUGAUUCAGAACUUGGGUUUAUAAAGGAGAAGAAUCAGGAUUUAAGAAAAUAAAAUUCUUGUCUGCAUGCGAUCUGAAGAAAUAAGCUGUAAGCUGUGUUGUGUUGUUCAGUCUCCAGCACAGUGAAAAACACCUUGGGAACUGAAAAUGGCACCGCAAGCUUUGCUUGAUUGACUUCAAUAGUUGUAGAAUGUUUAAGAGACGUCUUCAUUGA